UCACUCUCAUUGGGUAAAUAACAAACCACCCACUUAUUUUGAAGCCUGCCGUUUAGGAGUCACGAGAAGUUUAACGGUUAGAGAAGCUCAAGGAAAAUGACACAAAUGAACCGGAUGAAAACGGCUUCACUGGAGUGGUUCUGACAAGCAGACGACGCCCGCUUGUAUCACAGGUGCCGUCCCGUACUUUGUUAGCCCACCUGCACUCGGGGCGGUUCGAGGAACCGCUGUGGCUGCUAGCGAAGCUCGUUAGCCGCUAACCACCGAAGCUAGCGAGCUAACUAGACGAAUCGCCCGACUAGAGCGACCAAGUGGCGGGCGUGAAGCUAACCACGUCAGGGCUGGUUUUGGAGGGCUGGUUGGCUGAAUUUAUUCCGUUGAGGAGUUUAUUUCCGCCCUUCUUCUACAGUGCUGCUCUUCUUCCCCGUUUCAUUGUGUCGGAGCGUCCUGACUGCAUGCACGCAUGCUAGCAACUGCCACAACUAGCUAGCGUAAGCUAAAGUGGCAGUUUUUGUUUUUGUUUUUGACGCUGUCGCCGGUACGAGAUUUUGGAACGCGGUUGUGUCACCAUGACGCGUGGUUAUUAAGUGGACUUUUUAAAUGUCGUGCAGCCCCUCUAGGAGAAACAGACGCGGAGCAUGCAGGAGAAGAAGAGAGUCCUGAUAAGUAGAUAGGGGACGCGACCGAGUUAAACUGGACUGCGGAGUCGAUUCGCCUCUGAUUAGGGAUUGCAUUUUGGUUGGCCCUGACAGAGAAAGGAAAGGAUGAAGAAGUUUUCGAGAAUGCCAAAGUCUGAGAGCGGUGGGCUCGGAGGGGCAUCCGGGUCCAGCUCCAGCUCCGGAGUCAGCAGCUACUUCGGGAAAGUGUUUUCAGUCGGCCGGUACCAAGUCACCGUGGAGGAGCUUGUUGCAGAGGGAGGCUUCUCUGUGGUGUUUCUGGCUCGUACGCACAGCGGUGUACGCUGUGCUCUCAAAAGGAUGUACGUCAACAAUGUCCCGGACCUGAAUGUCUACAAGAGAGAGAUCACUAUCAUGAAAGAGCUGUCGGGCCAUAAGAACAUCGUUGGUUACCUGGACUCUACGAUCAGUCCUGCGUCAGACAGCGUGUGGGAGGUCCUGAUCCUCAUGGAGUACUGUAAAGCGGGGCAGGUAGUGAAGCAAAUGAACCAGCGGUUAAACGUGGGCUUCAGCGAGGCUGAGGUCCUCCACAUCUUCUGUGACACGUGUGAGGCCGUGGCCCGCUUGCACCAAUGCAAAACGCCCAUCAUCCACAGAGACCUUAAGGUUGAGAAUAUCCUGCUGAAUGACCAAGGAAAUUAUGUGCUGUGCGACUUUGGCAGCGCCACUCACAGAGUUUUACUGCCACAGAAGGACGGCGUGGCUGCUGUGGAGGACGAGAUUAAGAAGUACACAACCCUUUCUUACCGCGCGCCGGAGAUGAUUAACUUGUAUGCAGGAAAAGCCAUCACCACUAAGGCUGAUAUAUGGGCACUUGGAUGCUUGUUGUACAAGCUGUGUUUCUUCGCACUUCCAUUUGGGGAGAGUCAAGUCGCCAUAUGUGAUGGAACCUUUAUCGUUCCAGAUAACUCCAAAUUCUCCUUCAAGUUGCACUGUUUAAUCAGAUAUAUGCUCGAACCAGACCAGGAGAAGAGACCUGACAUUUACCAAGUGUCCUAUUUUGCCUUCAAAUUAGCUGGAAAAGACUGUCCAGUGCCAAAUCUCUUCAACUCUCCCAUCCCGACGUCACUCCCUGAGCCUCUGACAGCCAGCGAGGUCGCUGCUAAGAAGAGCUUGACGAAAGCCAGGAUCACAGACUCUGUGGGCCCAACGGAAACAUCGAUAGCUCCCAGACAGCGGCCAAAGGCUGCAAACAGUAAUGUCCUGCCUCUCACUAACACUGUCACCCCUGUCAAGAUGACCGUGCCUUCAGCACCCGUCAGCAACGGCCAGAAAGCUCCCACUCCUGGCUCUGGGCAACCAUCCAUACAGUCUCAGCCUCAGCAACAGCCUCAGCCACAGGCCAGCAGUCAACAACACAGAGUCCUGCAGCAGCUACAACCUGGUGAUUUGCGUCUGCAGCAGCUACAACAGCAUCACCACCACCAGGCAGUGCAGCAACAACAUGCAAAUGCACAGCAACUCCAAUACCUCCAGUACCAACAGGCUGUGCAGCAGUCGCUUCAGCUUCAGCAGCAGCAGCAGCAACAGGCCAUGCUUCAGCAGCAGCAACAACAGGCCAUGCUUCAGCAGCAGCAACAACAGGCCAUGCUUCAGCAGCAGCAACAACAGGCCAUGCUCCAACAGCAGCAGCAGCAGCAGAUGAUGUAUCAGCAGCAGGUUGCUCAGGCUCAGUACGCCGCCAUGCUGCAACAGUACCAACAGGCUUUUGUCCAGCAACAACAGCAGCAUCAGCAACAUCAUCAACAACAUCCACAGCAGCAGCAGCAUCAUCCUGCUCAGCAGCCUCUCCCCUAUAUGUCUUCCCCUCUUGAGUUCCAGAUCCCUCUGGGUUCCUACAAUGCGACCACACCCACCACAGGAACUGGAGCUGGUACUUGCCAGAUGGGGGGGCCAUCUCCUGUAGAUCCCUCAUACACUAACCCUAGGAACCCUCUGCUGUCCACAGAUGGGGUCACCCCUCCUUUGCAGAGCUGCAGCAGUGCAGUCAGCAACCCUCCCGAUAUGUCAGGCUGGAACCCUUUCGGAGAGGACAACUUUUCUAAAUUGACCGAGGAGGAGCUGCUUGACCGGGAAUUUGACAUGCUCAGAGCAAAAAAGCCAGCGGAGAGGACAACGAGCGUGGAAACUGACCGACCGCCGCCUGCCGCCGCAGCCAAGCCCCUUCCUCCAGAGGAUCUCUUCGGCUCAGUCCCAUUUGUGGCCAACGCAGGUACCAGUGCGCAGAAGGCCGAGCCGACCAGCGAGGAGGUCGGCGUUCCUGAACCUGCUGAGAGUCUGCAGCCGACCCACAAGGAGCACAAACCGAGCAGGAAGACCAACUGCAGGCCCGGCGACGAGUCCGACAGCGACUUCGAGUCUGACCCUCCUUCACCUAAGAGCAGCGAGGACGAAGAGCCGGAGGAAGAGGAGGCGUUGAACAGCGAGCAUGGUGAAGACACCGAGCCAGAGAAUUUUGGACAGAGGCCUUUGCUGAUGGACUCUGAGGAGGAGGGAGAGGAGGAUGAAGACAAACACAGCUCAGAUUCAGACUAUGAUGCCAGCAGGGUGAAGAACCGCUCAAAGAAACCUGCAGGAGCUAAAGGAGCGACUGCUGCCACCAGGAGUCCUCCUUCUGGGAUGGCUCUGAUCACUCCCCCAGAGUCCCCUGGUGGAGUGAGAGCUGUGGAGCCUGUGGAUGUUUUUGGGGCCGUGCCCUUUGUCGGAGGAGCUUCACCUGUGGAACCUCCAGAGGUCACAGAUAUCUUCACUAAAGCGCCUUUCAAGGUCGGCCAUGAGCAGCAGGCGGCAGACGAGUUCGACGUUUUUACCAAAGCGCCGUUCAGCCGGAACCUCUCGAGGUCGAGCAGGAGUGGCGGUGACGUCCCCAUGGGACAAACGCCGCCAGUUUCUCCUGAGGGCAUCGAUGCAUUUGGCUUCUCUCCCUUCCAGCCAAGCCCCACCGCCCAACCUCCCACCACCUCCAGAAGUGCCGAAGACAUCUUCCGGACGCCCUUCGAGGAGUCGGCGAGUCCUCAGCAGCAGAGGCUGAAGCAGCGCAGCCUUCAGAAGCUGUCAUCCCGCCAGCGGAAGACCAAACAGGAAGCCACGGCUGGGGGCAGCAACGGCAAGCGGCACCACGGCACACCGACGGGAGGGCGCAAGACUAACAAGCCGACCUAUCGCACGCCCGAACGAGUCCGCAGACACAAGAAGGUCGGCCGCAGAGACUCGCAGAGCAGCAACGAGUUCCUCAGCACCUCUGACUCUAAGGAGAACAUCAGUGUGGAUAUAACGAUGGCCGAGGGAGCGUCUCUGCCGGUGGACGACGCCCUUUUAGAUCCGUUUGGAGCCAAACCCUUCCACCCUCAGGACGGCAGCCGACACAGCCAGUACCAAGGCCUCAGCGACGGAAAAGGCGACAUCGGCACGGCCAACGGUAAGUCCUGGACGGGCUCUCUGCACGGAGAGAGCCGAAUCAUGGAUGACUUCGGGGCGGUGCCCUUCACAGAACUGGUCAUCCACAGUGGACCUCAGCAGCAGGCGGCACCCUCACAGCCGCUGGACCUCGACCCCUUCGGAGCCGCACCUUUCCCCUCAAAGCAGUGACUCCACCUGCGUCUUCCCGCUCUGUCGGCUGCUUUCCUUUUCUUGGUUUGGGAUCAUUUUUAACCAACAAGCUAAAACUUUUUUCUAAGAGCGUUUUAAUACACCAGAGUCUGGAUAACAAACCCUGUGGAGUGCGAGUGGCGUUUCCACAUAUCCUUCAGCUGCACAUGUUUUUGAAAGCCUUUAAUGCUGCAUCUGAACGCUGUUUGGAACCAAAAGAAAAAUGUGAUUCUGAGCUUCGCGUUCGACCGCUCGUCUUGCUGUGAAAAGCUCUCUCCGGCCCGCCUUCUGAUCUGCCGACAUGUUUUUGUUUUUAGCACCACGAAGCCUUACCUGAGCUCGGCUCUGCCUUGCUUCAUAGUACCUCGGAAACCACGACGCCGUCAGCCUCGCGCGUCUUUUGAAAUCAUUUGGGAGUUUUCCUGAACCUCUUAGUUCUGUCUUUAUUAGAUUCUUCUCUAUGCAUAAUGUCACAGUAGUCUUUAUGCAGCUAAAUGUGGGUGUGGUUUGUGAUGCAUUAGAGGGGAUUGAAUCUUGUUCUUCUUCUUGGAGCUCUUAAUUGGGUCAGGUUUAAAUUUAGGAUCUUAACUCUUUUUUUUUUU